GGCGCGGGGUCACGUCAGUUCCGGCGCGGCUCGGGCCGGUGUCGUCCCGGAAUCGUCCCGGUGUCCCCGUCCGCUGUCCCUCCGUGCUCCCGGGAAGUCGCUCUGCGCAAACAGGAAUGGAUUCCCUCACCGGAGGGUUGGGACAGGACGCGCGGCCCGUGCCGGGCGCGGGCCCCGGCGCCGUGGAUCGCUUCCUGAGCCUGCAGCAUUCCAUCUCCUCGGGCCUGUCGGCCGCCGAGCUCGAGGCCAUGAAGUUCCUCUGCCGCGACAAAAUUCGGAAGCGAAAGCUGGAGACGGUGCGAAGCGGCCUGGAGCUCUUCAGCAUCCUGAUGGAGCAGCAGGUGGUGGCGCACGACGAGCUGGGGUUCCUGAGAGAGCUGCUGCGGCACAUCAGUAGGAGGGAUUUGCUGUCACUGGUGGAGCAGUUCGAGCAGGGAGAGCUUCGUGCCCCUGAUGAUCAGCCAGAUGAGCAUGAAAAACGACUCCUGAAGGCAGCCUUUGAUGUCAUCCGUGCCAAUGUUGGGAGAGAGUGGAAGAAGCUGAUGCGAGAACUUGGGCUGCCAGAGGUGAAGCUGGAUAAGGUAGAGGCAGCCUACCGAUUUGAUUUGGAGGAAGAGGUUUUUCAGGCACUUCGGGAGUGGCAGAAGUGGAGGGGGAAGGAUGCAAAGGUGGCUGACUUAAUAAAAGCCCUCCAGGACUGCAACCUGAAAUUGGUGGCAGACAGGGUUGAAGAGAAGAUCGCACAGGCACUUUUCAGGUGCAUCUCCACUGGAAUACAUCCAUGGGACGCUUCUGAGACAACUGGAAUUUAAAAUUUAAUGGGACAUUGGAUUUUUUUUAUGGCCUAUUAUAAAUACAGUGUGAAAGGGAGAAGGAGUAAAGUUUUCAGCUGGGUGCUGGCUUUUCUUUUGGAGUAGCAAAAAAUAGUAUCUUAGGUAAUUUGUCAAACAUAUUUGCUCUCCAUUGAAGUAUAUUAAGACAACUGUAACCUCAGACUGCAGUGCAAGAGGGACAUUAAAUAUUGUGGUGGCUUUCUUGGAAAAAACGUGCCUGGAUUUGAAAUCGAAGUCAAAUGUCUGCACCAAGUGCCUUCAGCAUCCUGAAGUUCUCCUGAAACUAUCCAAGACCACACAGAUGUUUACAGCAGCCUCCUUCCUUUGGGGCUCUGUGCUUGGCAUCCUCCUGUGGCCUCUGUCACAGAGGCUGCUCGUGUGUGCUGGAAGGUGUGAGCCACUCACAGAGGGAGCAGGAUUUGUGAGCCUGUGUCUCAUGCAGUUCUCAGCUUUCAUCUGGAACAACCUUCCUUCAGUCUGUGGCCUUCACAGCUCACCUGCAGCUGGAGAAAUUGCACAGUUGCACAGUCUAGGACAUGCAGGGCUGUAGAGGCCUCAGGGGGAAGAAUCCCAUGACAUCAUUACUGCUUGAACAGCCGUGGGAUCCUGUGUUUCUGCAAACAUCUCCCAGGUGCCUGGCUAGACACUGGAAGAGGUUUUAUUGCUGCUGCACCUGUGGGACUUCAGCUCUUUCCAAGUUGUUUUUAUGUGGUGCCAUUGCUGUGAAGACCGGGUGUUAGUAUAUAACUUGUCACUGCUCUGCAGAAACAUCAUGACACUGAUGAUUUUCAAGUUUUCAUUGCAUGUGGUGCCUCUUGCUCAAACAGUGAGGCUUGAAUACUUUAUUGUAGUGAGUGGAAACUGCUGUAAGUUCACAUGAUAGAAAAAUCAUUUCAGUUAGAGGUUUUUCCCCUUCAAUGAUUCCUGUCCACAUUCCUAGAAGUUCUCAAGGCCAGGCUGGAUGGGACUUGCAGCAACCUGGUCUAGUGGAAGGAGUUGGAACUGGAUGAUCUUUUUGGUCCCCCCUGCCCAAACCAUUGUGUGCUGAUUUGCAGUAUCUUUCCAGUUUGGUAUAUUUAGUAUUACUGGUUGUAUCCAAGCAAAGGAGUUGCCACCUGUCUGCCUUUUGGGCAGGCAGACUUCUCAGAGUUCUUAUUCCUUUACUUGUAUCAAUUGUCAAUUCCAGGCUCCCAGGAGGAGAUGCUGAGCUUCAGCUGAAUGACAAGCUCAGGUGUUUUGGAGAUUUUUGUUUCCUAGACAUCAGGAGUAUCCAUUCUGCAGUGUCUAAAGAAAAGGUUUGCUCCAACAGCUCUUCCUUCCUCCCUCUGAGCAAUCCCUGGGAGCUGAGGAGUGGAAGUGAGCAGGAUGUUGUGUGAGUACUCAAACAGCUCUGCUACAGCUCCAAGUCCAAUCUCUGCUUUUCUUAUCCACUUUUAAUAAGUCUUCUGUGUCACCGAGGAGAUUUAUGUGGAAUAGGAAGAGUAUACUGCCCACUGCAUCCAGCCAGGAUAUUUUAGGAACCAGUUGGAAUAACCUGUUGGUUGUAGCCAAGCACUCAUGAGCUACAAGAAAUAUUCUGCUUCAGGAGGUAAAAACCUCUUGUUUCUCUAAGGAUUUUAUACAUCCUUUUACUGUGUCUGAAAGCAGUGACCUAAACUGCAACGAUCUGUGCCAUACCUUAGGGCCAAUUAAGAUUAUUUUUAUGAGAUAUUAAGAUGUUGUUUACACAUCAAAAGCAAAAUCAAUUGAAAUGAAGGGAACAAAAUCUUUUUAUUGGGAGGAGGGAUAAAGGGUGCAGUUUGUAAGGGAAUAUUUUCUGAUCCAGUUGACAAUCUUUUAUUUUCAAAUUAAACACCUUUAACUCAUAUGCAUAUUUUUUAUAACUUGAAUUAGAAUUUUGUAUUGUAUAAUUCUGUAUACAUUUAAUUUAAAAUAAUUCUUUAAAAAACCAAAAUAAAUGGAAUGGGUUUUUUUCUUGUUUGAUGGGA